GGCCAUCCCCUCAGUGAUAUAACUCAAUACAAACUCUCUUUCCAUCUCUCUCUCUCUCUCAGCUAAAAGAAGAGAAGAAGAAGAAGAAGUAGAAGAAAGGAGAGACAAUGGGGGCUCUUGAUUACCUCUCCAACUUUUGCACUGUCACCAGCACAAGAAGCAAACGCAAGCCAAUGCAGACAGUGGAGAUCAAAGUUAAGAUGGACUGUGAUGGGUGUGAGAGACGAGUCCGGAAUGCUGUUUCCUCCAUGAAAGGUGUGAAGAAGGUGGAGAUCAACCGGAAGCAGAGCCAGGUGACCGUGAGCGGGCAUGUGGACCCGAACAAGGUGCUGAAGAGGGUGAAGAAGUUGGGCAAGCGAGCAGAGUUUUGGCCUUACAUCCCGCAGCACUUGGUCUACUUCCCUCAUGCGUCCCAGGCCUAUGACAAGAGGGCUCCCGCCGGAUACGUCAAGAAUGUGACGGAGGGCUUCCCUAGCUCCGUCCCUCCCGAGCAUGAGCGCCUUGUAUCAAUGUUCAGCGACGAGAACGUGAAUGCUUGCUCUGUCAUGUGACGAAAUUCAACCCUUGAGAAAGAAGUGAUCGAUCAGGUCCAAUAACCAAAUAGUUAAAGAGCGCGAUCUCAUUGUCGCAUACGUUUAAAGAAAUUUUACAUUUAUGAUUGUUACUCUUAUUGUACUAAAUACACGAGGAACCAAAUCGAUGUGUAUGAUGUUUGCUCCUUUUA